AUGACCAAUAAAGUUAUAUCGUGGUUAGAAGAGACCGAAGAAGUUUUUUUAGAUGACUCAGACGAUACCGAUGCUGAUCCUAGUUAUGGAGAUCCCGUCGAAUUACGUGAAAAUGAGUCUGAUAGUGACAUUUCUGAACCUACGCAUAGAUCAAAUACUUCACAAACCUCUCGUUCAAGAAGUCGUAGUCCUAUAGCACAGAAUUCUUACUACUUAGGGAAAGAUAAGCAAACAAAAUGGUAUAAGGACGCUCCUCCUAGAAAUGUACGUACUCGACAACGUAACAUCGUUUUACGUUUACCAGGCGUAAAACAAAUAGGUCGCGAUGCAAAUUCUAUUUUAGAGUGCUGGAACUUAUUUUUUUCUAAUUCCAUUAUUGACGAUAUAGUAAAAUACACUAACAUAUAUCUCGAUAAAAUUCGUUCAAAAUAUACACAACAACAUAUGGUACGCGAAACAUCAAAAUCCGAAAUGAACGCGCUUUUUGGGCUGUUAUAUUUGGCCGGUGUUUUACGUAGUAAUCAUCUCAACCUUGAUGAUUUAUGGUCAAACGAUGGCUUAUCGCCCGAGUAUUUUCGAGCAGUUAUGCCAAAAGCACGAUUUUAUAUUCUUCUAAGAGCAAUGAGGUUUGACGAUAUAAGUACACGAGCCCAAAGAAAACAAUUUGAUAAACUUGCGGCCAUUCGUUCAGUAUUUGAAGACUUUGUUCUAAGCUGCGAGAACUGUUAUACAGUGGGGGCAAAUGUAACUAUAGAUGAAAUGCUCGAAGGUUUUCGAGGCCGUUGUAGUUUCCGACAGUACAUCCCAAGUAAGCCUAACAAAUAUGGUAUAAAAAUUCAGGCCUUAGUCGACUCUCGCACCUUUUAUACGUCGAAAAUGGAAGUGUACGUUGGGACUCAGCCCGAUGGGCCUUAUAAAUGUGAAAAUAACCCUGCAAGUGUCGUGAAAAGAUUAAUUGCCCCAAUAUCGAAAACAGGUCGUAAUAUCACCAUGGAUAACUGGUAUAACUCUAUACCUCUAGCAAUUGAUCUACUAAAAAAUCACAAUACAACUGUAGUUGGUACACUUCGUAAAAACAAACGUGAAAUUCCCCUUUGUUUUUUAGAAACUAAAAAAAGGCAAUUGAACUCUACGAUGUUUGGUUAUGACAAAGACAUAUUGCUUACAUCAUAUGUACCAAAAAAAAAUAAAAAUGUAUUGCUUAUUUCCACUAUGCACGAACAAGCCAACAAGGUAUCAUUGAUCCAGAGUCUGAAGAAAGAAAACCAGAGGUGA